CUGUCCAUUGUAUAUAUAUAAAACAAGAAGAAAUAUCAAAGAAGGAAGAGAAACAUGGAUUUUUGUCGUAUUUGUGCCGUUGAUAUCCCUGAGGACACACAACCGUUUGACAUUGCAAAUUUGGAAAAAGAAUUUUCAUUCAUUAACACUGAAAAUAUUGAGAGAGAGAACCAACUCGUCAUUUGUAAUGAUUGCCUACCAAUGAAAAUUACUCGAGCAUUAAUCAAGAAGGCAAAAGAGAGAAAACAUUUAGUACGGAAGAAGAUACAGGAUGCGGUAUCUAAAUGUGCCACAUGCCAAAAAUUCCAAUGCACCUGUGACGAUGCCAAUAUUAACUACACCCAAAACGAGACCAUUGUUGAUCAGAACGCGGCAAUCGGUAAUCAAAGUCUAGUAACGGAUGAUAAGACAAGUGAUGUGUCAAAGCAAUUUCAAUGCGAUGCAUGUGCAUGCAGUUUUCAAACACAUGAUAUGUUGAAAGGUCAUAAUCAAGUCAAACACAAACAAGUCAAACCCAAGUUUAAAAGCUUGAAAUGUCCAAAAUGCGAUCGAACAUUCCGUAAAAAACAGAAUUUGAAAGAACAUCUUCAGAAACACUGCAAAUCCAAAAAGUUUAUUUGCGAUAUAUGCAAACGCAAAUUUCAAUUUAAAACUUCGUUACGCUCGCAUAUGGGCAAGGGUCAGUAAGACGAAACCACGCAAAAAAUGUUUCUAAGGAGCAAAAAAGUAUAUUAACGUCGUUCGAUCGCAAUGAAUUUUUGCAUAGCUUAAUUAUUUCAUAAAACUUAUAUUCUCUGAAAAUUUUAUCCAAUUCGGAUAAUUUUUUCAUAUGAAAAUCUACAAAUUUUCGAUUUUUUUCCGAUUUUUGUAACGUUACCGACCGUUUUUUGAAAGCACAAGAUUUCUACUAUGCUUUUACAAAACUACAAGAACCUUUACAUAUUUUUGUAGAAAUGGGCCAAAACUUUAAUAAUAAAUUCGAGAAAAUAUGAUUUUUAUUUUCUUUUCUGGUUUUUGGAGCACUCAAAUCGCACGUGUAACGUUACCGAUUUUUUUUGUAACGUUACCGAUUCUACGCCUACUGGGUCCAGAGACCACCAAAACAGUUUUUCAUGCACACCCUGUAUUUCUAUCUUUUCUUUGAUCCUUCAUCUACGAUAUAAUGAGUGACAACAGAUUUAUGCCUGGGUAGAUUCGCUAAUUUUCAUAAAAACGUUGAGCAACCUCGCAAAUCACUUCCAAAAUUUUGUAACGUUACCGACGCCUUUAAUCGUUCAUAAGUCCAAUACUAUAGGUGAUAAAAAUAAAAACUUUUCUUUGAAAUGUGUGGUAUGGGCAGCACUAUCAUAUGCACUUUUGAAAUUUUGGGUUUUCAUUAUUAUUUUCAGAGAUAUGGGCGAAAUAGGCGUGCGAAUUGUAACGUUACCGACCUGACCCUCGCCCAUAUGCAUAUACAUUCUCUCAGAUUCAUAUGUCAAAAGUGCAGAAAACCGUUUUCAAGAAAACAAAUAUUGGAAAAACAUUUAUUGAGAGCCACCUGUUCCGACCCACGCAAAAAGGAACAGAACGAAACAAACAAAAGAAGAACAGGUGAAGCGACUGGUGAAUCAAAUCAAACGAAAAUGGACGGAAACUGACAUGAUUCCUGGAGAAAGUGCGUCAAAGUCAAGUUCGAAGACAUCGUCAAUGAAUUUGACUAAGAAAAGUGAAUCGAAAAAAGACGAGCGGGAAAGAAAACGCAACAGACGUGACGAUAGUGGCAGUUCAAGCGCAAAAUGAAUCAUAUCCCCUACAUCGACCGACUACGACCGAUGCACUUCGUUGAAAGUGCAGUGAAAUUAUGACCAAAUGGAAAUCAUCGACUUGUUUAGUUUGUAGAAUUUUAAUAGGGCCUGUUGAACUACAAUCGUUUACAUCACACAGUGUUUACGUCGAAUUUUCAUUAUGUUCAAUCGAUUAAUGCUG